GCAGGCUCCAUUAAAUGAAAUCAAAUAAAAAAAUACCCCCAACAAAUGCCCAUUUGAAGUUGUCUUUGAUGAGAAAGAAAAAAUCAGAGAUUCGGUCUCGAGGUUUGUUCAGUCGUAAUCGGUUUCGGUUAGUCUGCAGUUGUAAAACGAAUAUUGUGGGAUUGACUUUUUCAUUUUUGAAUAUAAUAUCUAAGUGCGCCACCAUGGCAUCCAAACCGACAAAAACAUUGUGUUUCCUGUCCAUAUUACUCGUGACAAUUCAUAAUGCCGCAUCUGUGAAGAAUGUACUUCUUCUGCUUGCCGAUGAUGCCGGCUUCGAAAUGGGAGCAUAUCUCAAUAAAUACUGCCAAACACCGAAUCUAGAUGCGCUUGCAAAAGACGGCUUGUUGUUCAACAACGCUUUCACUUCGGUCAGCAGUUGCUCGCCGAGUCGGGCGCAAUUACUUACCGGUCAGGCAAGUCAUCAAAACGGCAUGUACGGUCUGCAUCAGGGAGUUCAUAAUUUCAAUGUCUUCAAAACUGUGACAUCAUUGCCAAAUAUUCUGCGAGCAAAUGGAAACGUUCUAACCGGAAUAAUUGGCAAGAAACAUGUGGGAGCUGAAGGCAAUUUCCAAUUCGAUUACGAACAAACCGAAGAGAACCAUUCGAUUAACCAAAUUGGACGCAACAUUACGAACAUAAAACUCUACGUCAAGGAUUUUCUCAAUAGAACCCAGCACGAGCAGAAGCCGUUCUUUUUGGUGGUUGCUUUCCACGAUCCACAUCGAUGUGGUCACAUAACCCCGCAGUAUGGGGAGUUCUGUGAACGUUAUGGUUCUGGAGAGGAAGGAAUGGGUGUGAUACCCGAUUGGCGUCCGAUCUACUAUGACUGGAGGAACUUGAAAAUUCCCGACUGGAUGCCACAAACGGAAACCGUUCAAAAGGAAUUGGCUGCACAGUACAUGACGAUAUCGAGGCUUGAUCAAGGAGUCGGUGUGGUGCUGAAAGAGCUUCGAAGCAUCGGACUCGAUAAAGACACACUGGUUAUGUACACUUCAGAUAAUGGCCCACCCUUCCCUAGUGGCAGAGCUAAUCUCUACGAUCGUGGUGUCCGCGAACCAAUGAUACUUUCUUCUCCAGAUUCGGGUAAACGGAGGAAUCAAGUGACUUCGGCCAUGACAAGCUUAUUGGAUGUUUUUCCAACUGUUUUGGAUGUAUUUGGCAUGAAACCGUCAAAUCCAAGUUUGACUGGAAAAUCUCUUCUUCCACUUUUGGACAAUGAACCUCAGCCAAAUGAAAAUGAAACGAUAUACGGCAGUCAGAACUUCCAUGAAAUCACUAUGAACUAUCCAAUGCGAAUGAUUAGAACUCGUCGCUAUAAGCUAAUUCAUAAUCUUAACUUCUGGAGUUAUUUCCCAAUCGAUCAGGAUCUCUAUACUUCUCCGACAUUCCAGGAGAUUUUGAAUGCAACAAUGAUGAAGCAAAAGCUACCUUGGGUGAAGACAUUGCAAAGUUAUUACAAGAGACCAGAAUGGGAGUUGUACGAUUUGAAAAUGGACUCAUUGGAACGAUGGAAUUUGGCAACAAAAGCUAAGUUUAAGGAUUUACUUAGAAAUCUAAAGGAACGUUUGUUCCGGUGGCAAGUUGAAACUAGUGAUCCAUGGAGAUGUUCACCGCAUGCAGUGUUACAGGAACAAGGAAUUUAUAAAAAGAAUCCUGUUUGUUUGACAUUGGGUCAUGAAGAUUUGUGAAGAUUCUAUAAAUAAUAAUUUUAUAAUAAAUAACUCUUAUGAUUAAGUUUAAGUUAAAAUUAAGAAAAUAAUAAAAAUGUAUUAUACUUAAGUGUUGAAACUUACUUUGAUUAAAUUAAUAAUAAUUUUUGAACAAGAA